GAAUGUUAUUGCCCACCGAAGCUAUUCAACCGUUGAACUAACGCCAACGGGAACAUUCAAUAUAACACUGUACUACUGUUCAAAUUAUACAAUACAACAACACAAUGACAAAGUAACCCGGAUUGAGAGGAGAAUGGAACAGGGCCCAUGUAUAUUCAAGAACCAACUUAGCGUGACUGUAGAUCUGUUCACAGCUGUCACCCCCCGGCUUACAUGUUGGGGUGACCUGCUUUUCGUAAAGAAAACACCCUCCCUAGCAAACUUGGAAACGAUAUGCUGAGAGUCUUUGGGAUGGCCAUAGCGAGAAGAUGUAAUUACUGGAUGUACGGGCUUCGGGUUGUGAAGACGACACUGCUGGUAAUAGCAGCAUUGCUGACAUUGCUGUUCGUGUCUCGCCAUCUGUUCUACUCUAAACCUCCAACAUCAACUCCAGUCAGAGUCUUUCACGCGAAGGUCAAGGACAGACGUCAUGACCCCAUACCAACACAGAUUCCAAAGCAUUACAAUACUCCACAAUUCCUUAAAUUAUGGGCGGAAGAGAAAAAGCAAAAUGACACGGAGGUGGGACUUAAAGAGAACCUACGUAUUCAGCAUGACAUCCCUAGAUUACGAAGGAACGACUCCAAACUUUUACAAUACGCCGAGAACAAGCACAGUGACCUCAAACCUUUACAAUACGCCGAGAACAAGCACAGUGAGCUCAAACCUUUACAAUACGCCGAGAACAAGCACAGUGAGCUCAAACCUUUACAAUACGCCGAGAAAAAUCACGGUGAGCCCAAACUAAUAGUGUGGCACAUGAUCCCUAGCUAUCGUAAGCACAAACCUCCGAAAAUAAUAUCAUGUGGAAAAUAUCAGUGUGUUACCAGCAGCGAUAAAGCCAGACUCGCAGCUGCAGACGCAGUCGUUGUGGAUGCAUUCCUUCUAUCCAGGAACAGAGUCAAGGAAAAACCAGUCAGAACCAGCCACAACCAGGUAUGGAUCUUCUUCGCGAAGGAACCAUGGGCGAACUAUGCGUCCCGAUUUCCGGGCGGUGACUGGGACACCGUCUUCAACUGGACCCUGACGUACCAGCGAAACUCGGACUUCGUAGCUUCGUAUGGAGACCUGACGUUAAAAAGACCGAAGGACGUUGUGACGUAUAACUGGACGGACGUCAUGAAGAAGAAGACUCGAUCUGUAUUGUGGUUCGUGAGUAACUGUCACUCGGGAAGCCGACGGGAGAAGUAUGUGGAGGAACUCCAGAAGUACAUUGACGUUGACAUUGUGGGAAAGUGUGGCAAGCCUAAAUGUAUGGAAGACAAUGGACAAAACCAACUCAGUAGAUGCUAUGAUCAGCAUUGGUUUUACUUGUCCUUCGAAAGUUUAUUUUGUCAAGAUUAUGUGACAGAAAAGCUAUUUAAGACAUUUUCUUACAAUAUUUUGCCUAUUGUAAGAGGCAAAGCGAACUACGCUCAAAUUUACCCAAAAGACCUGUUUCUCAACACAGCCGACUUCCGGUCACCACGUGACCUGGCUAAACAUCUGAAAUACCUGAAAAAUAAUCCUGCUAUAUAUGUGGAGUACCUAAAGCGUCGAGCGAAAUUCAGGGUGUGGGGGAGGGGGUCUGGGGGAGUGUACUAUCUGCUCCAGGCUGCAUGAGGUCGACCGAUACCGGAAGUCCUAUGCAAGUAUAACAAACUGGUUUGAUACUUGUGAGACUCCACAGAAACCAUAUCUGCAUUAAAUCAUAGUCGAUUAUAUACCUCCCGAGACGUAAGAUGAGGGUAUUUGGUAAUUUGUGCAUGCGUGAUGGUGAGGUGUAGUGUGAGCGUUUGUGUGCAUGUGUGUGCGUGUGUACGUUUGUAUGUGGGAUGGGCCAAGUUUAGAUGUGGGCAGAACCAGAGCACAUGGUCAAGAGAAUAUACUAGGUUGACGUAUUGGAUGUUUGAGCGUUGACACCUGGAAUCAGACAACUGAACAUUGAGCAUAAGGCCGAACAAGACAACGAGUGUAGUAGACUACAGCUCUGGACACAAGACACUUCACACACACCUGUAGACAUUAGACAAGAUUAGACUUUAAAAUAUGACAACAUACUCUAGACACUGAGAACCACACACUAGACAUUAGGCCAUACAUCAGAUACUAGAUACCAAUGGCAACAUAUCAGUCUGGACACGAGACUCCAGACAUCACACACGAGAUACCUGACUCUAGAUACUAGACACGGUAUACUAGACACUAGACUAGACACCAGACUAUGACACUAGACUGGACACGAGACUCGACAGACUCUACAGACUCUACAGACGAAACACCUUAUACUAAACACGAAACCGGAUCAGUGAAUUCUGAGCACAGGGCACAAGAAGACAAGACAAUUGACAUCAGCUCUGGACACAGACACAUCAUGCUAGACAUUAGACUAGAUACCCGACUCUAGACACAAGACACUAAACUCAAGACACUAGACACAACAUAGUACACACGAGACCAGACACCAGAUUCUCAACACCUCACACAAGCCAAGAGACUAGACUAAACACAAGACACAAGACAAAGAUUUUAGGACACAACAAGACAAAGACUGUAGAGAGAGAUGCUGGAGAGAUGCAGGGUCAUUUAGUCAGGUUAAACAAUUGGAGUAAAAGUAGAAAAAGAUAUUUCUAUACUUCCAAUAAAAUCUGUCUUUCAA